AAGCGAGUAACGCUUAUUUUGUUCUCAACUUUGGUGAGAGUGCCAUCUAGUGGGCAGCGCGCGAAACAUCGCGGGUGUGAUUAGUGUACUUUUGUGACAUUUUUGGAAAUCCUUUGUGAAUCAAAAUGCCUGGACGUCCUAUUUGGCAGUGUGCUGGCAAGCGUGAACCCGAGAAGGAGCAAGAAGCCCAAGCAUGGAUUGAAGCAGUCAUUGGCGAGAGGUUCCCUAACAUGCCAUACGAGCUGGCACUCCGUGACGGCAUCAUCCUGUGCAAGCUGAUGAACCGCCUCCAGCCGGGCAUCAUCACCAAGGUCAACGUGUCUGGUGGUGACUACAAAUACAUGGAUAAUAUUAACCAGUUCCAAAAAGCGUGUGUAAAGUACGGAGUACCUGAUGUGGACCUCUUCCAGACAACAGAUCUUUGGGACCAGAAGAACAUUGCACUCGUGACACAGACCAUCUUCGCCCUUGGAAGGACGGCCUAUAAGCACCCGGAAUGGCGCGGUCCCUACUUAGGCCCCAGGCCGGCUGAGGAGAACCGUCGUGAAUUCAGCGAGGAUGUGCUCCGUGCUGGUAACUCAGUCAUCGGUCUACAAGCUGGCACCAACAAACUGGCCAGUCAAUCAGGACAGAACUUCGGGGCAUCGCGCAAAAUUAUCCUCGGCAAGUGAAAGUACUAGGAUACCAGAAUCAGUUAGAUAUAUUAUAUCUAUGUAUAAUAUUAAUUUUUAUUUUUAAAAUUAUAUUAUUAUAGCAAUAUUUAUUUUCUUUUGGGUAAUAAUUAUUGUGUUGUACCUAAUAAAUUAUUAUUGUACUUAAGUCAGUUGAAUACCAAAGAUUUGUAAAAUGUAUCAGGAGAGGUGUUGUAUUGAGUCAUUAUUUAUAAAAAAUAUUUCUAUUACUUAAUAUCCAAUGUCACCAACUACAUACAAGAAUAUUUAGUUUUAAACUAUGGAAUGUAUUUAUAAUUAAUUAUUUUUAUUCAUAAUCCUAAGGACUAAUCAUAAAACUGUGAUGUUUUCGAAGUUAGAUGAGGAUUAACAGUCGGUACAAAAAACUUUUAAGUAUUACUUUAUUAAACACCGAAAAUAAACGAGUAUCUACAGAAA